CUGGUCUCCCAAUUUCAGUGCUCGUUUUUGUAGUUGCGCAUGCUAGCUCUGCCCUUUUGCUUGCCUUAUUUUGAGACCAAAUCCUUACUUUGAGAUCCUGCUCGCUAGAAAAGGUCCUACACUUGUAGAUAAUCUGAUAUAGGAUGGAGAAUUUCUUGUUGCUGUCACAGUGUCAUAUAUGGUACCUGCAUAUACUGAUCUUCCUCAUCUGCUGAUAAAUAGGCCUUCUAUAUCGCUUAAUUUGGUUACUUCUAUCUUUAAACGAAAGGGAGGCCUUGAGAUCACCGGAGUGGGUUGAUUUCGAACAGUUUUUUUUUUCUUUGACCGGGAGUCCGAAGUCCGAACAGUUGUGUAGAGGCACGGAGAGAGAGCUGCCAGCCAAGGCCAUGGCACAGUGAUUGACCAUGAGCCAGAGUCCGGGCCAAAGAAAGCCUGGUUUAUUGCCCUAAAGUGGGAACUUUUUAUUUUUAUUUUUUAAAAUAAAAAUUGCAAAUAUCUACCUCCGUUUUGGAAAACUGCAUUUUUAGACUCUUUUCGUCUAUUGAAAGGGUGACUGGACAAGUUUUAAAAAAAAUAUUACGUUUCAAUGCUCUUAAAAUUUAAAAAAUAUCAAAAUAGUCAUAAAAUUCUAAAAAUAUUAUGUGGUGUAGAGUAUGAUAUCAUCCGGCUCUCCCAAAAAUUUAACUCAAAAAAUUAUUGGUGCAAUGAGAAGGAAAAAAUAGACAAAUUUCAAUAUAUCUGAAAUUUGUCUUUUUUUGUUCUCAUUGUACAAGUCAUAUUUUUGUCUAAAUAUUUUUAGAGAGCUAGAUGAUAUAGCAUCAUCUCCACUGCAUAUUUUUUUCAGAAUUUUUCAUGACUAUUUAGAUAGUGUUUUGAAUUUUGAGAAUAUUGAAAUGUAGUUUUAUUUUUAAACAUAUCGCCUAUUGGAACUUAUCGCCCUUCCCACAAGCGACAAGUAGGGUGGUAGGAGUCUAAAUUUUUAUAUAUUUUAAAACAUAAGCAUGUAAUUGCAAAUUUUUAUUUAAAAAAUAUAAAAAUAAAAAAUUCCCAAAGUGGCGGCCUAGGCCUGACCCAAGAAGUUGUCAUGCGCAAACUAUAACACCAAGUAGGGGUUUGGAUCAGGCUUGGGCUUUUUUUAGAACAUACUUUUUUUUCAACAGUAUAUAUAGUUGCUGUCUAGAGACCGGACUUGGGUCGGUAAUGUUAUAUGCUGCAUAAGGUGGACACGCGACACCAGCCGCACACCCUCCUUCACUAGCUCUGGCGCCAUCUCGGUUCCUCACAGCCCCGUCCACAUGCUCUGCUGUCCUUUUUCUCUUGCCUAAUGCCAGCAAGCUCUCUCGACCAGAUCUGGCCACCGACAAACACCCUCACCCUGACUGGACAUUGAUUUGCCCUCCAUAUCCAGCUCGGCUCCUCUCCCGACUCCGUUUUCGCGCUCCUCCAUCCUCCCUGCGCGCCCACUACCCUGAUAUAGCAUCUCGUUCAUUGGCGAGCCCUCCAAUGGCUUCAAUAUUACCUGGAACAGUUUCUCUCAUCCAUGGAACAUUUUGUUUUCUCGGUGGGAACCAUCUAUCUCAGCCUUGGAAAAAAAUACUCAUCGGUAGCUCGCGUGAGAUCUCACAGCGCUGGAGAAGACACGAGCGACAACAACAACGCUGGUGGUGGGGAGCGGCGGUGCAUGGCUCACAAAAUAGUCGCUAUACUCUAGCUCAGGGAUUCAACCUCUUUUACAUAUUUUUUUUCACCGAUAAAAAGACAUAAAUUAGUGAAAUUUCAUCGAAAUUUCGUUAUUUUCUUCUAUGUGUCUCACAUAGCAGUGAAAUAAAAUUUCAAAAUUAGAUAUUUCAUUUUUCUCUGAAGUUUUCAAAACUCGUAAAAUUUCAGCAAAAUUUUAAUCCCUUCUCUAGCUAGAAGACAGGUAUGCACUAAGACCACUUAAGCUUUGGUUCCCACUUUCCAACAUUAGAAGCUACCACAAAAAGCACAGAAGCUAAGAAUAUCCAUUUUAGGCGAGGGCAUAGGAGCAAGAAUUACCGGAAGGGGUCAGCUAGACAAAAUUAGAUAGUGUGGAAGCUCAAAUCGGUAAUAGUGCAUGGGCCUGAUCAGAUAAUGGAAUAGUUUAGGGGGUGUAUUAUUUAACUUUGACAAAAAUAACAAAAAAAAAUUGAAUUUCAUCUUAUGCGUCUCAUGCAUGGAACAAUCCCAAGAAACUUCGCACACACGCAUACGCAUAGAGAAAGGGCACACAUCACACAUGAGCAGGGAACGUGGCCCUGAGAGACGUCCGCAGUAUGUGUAUUUGUAUUCCCCCUUCGGUGUAAGUUACCAACACAGUACCUUCUCCCUCUCUCCCAAGACCAAAAACCCUAGCACGCCAUAGCUGUUCCCCAAGAACUCCUCCAAAGCGCCGAUCGAGCCCUCCCUCCACACCUCAAGAUCCUCCCCGACCGACCACCAUGGUAAGAGCGCCACCUUCCGUCGUCGCCGUCGCCGACCUGUGCACGGCGCUCACCGCCGUCGGGCUCUUCUCCUUCCUGGAUCUGCAGUCGGGCUCGGGUACGACGACAUCCACAUCCACUCACCCCCUACCGCUCGACAGCGCAGUUCAGGUAAUGCUGACGUUGGCCGCGACGGCGACCCUCUUCAGCUCCGUGGCGUUCAUGUACCGCCACCUGCAUCGCGCCGCCGCAGCCGCGGCGGGCGCCGGAACCAGGCGCCUCCUGGAGGUCGUCACCUUCAUCAUGUGCGCGACCGUCGGCCUCCUGGAGUUUUUCUUGUUCGUGCAGCCUGCAGGUGGCGUGGACCUCGGCAUGGCUGCUGUCGAUGCGCUGCCCGCUGCGGCGACGGUGACGUUCUUUCUGGGCAUGACGCUCAUCAUUGUACACAUCCGCGCUGGCGGCGAAGGCGGUGGCGGUGCCAUCACCGGCAACCGACCGGUCCCAGCGCCCGUGGAGCUCCUGAAAAAGGUGGCGCUGGGAGCAGCUGCAGCACUCGUCAGCCAGAUGGCCAUGGCGCUCUACGCGAAAUUAUGAAAUUAAGCUAGCGGAAACAGGUGGCUAGGGGCUACGGGCUAUAAGUCCUGGUUCAUCAUGGUGAGAGAAAUUAAGAAGAUCAUCUGACGUAAUCAAGGACCAACUCUUAAUAGGCCCCGCGUGUCAGCGAUGAGGUCACACCGUGCAGUUACGUCAGGGUAACCGCUUCCGUGAUCAAGAUAUCCUGAUAUCGCCAUCUACCGAAGAAUGAAUUUUAUCAUGUGUAACUGUGAGAUGAAUGUUGUACUGAAUAUGGUCAUGCUGUUUAUUUGUGACUAUUUGAGUUGAGUCAGGGGUGAUACUUUGAACUUGUGUGUGGCUAUUACGAUCAAAACUUGUAUCUGGAUGAUCUAUCGUCGUUUGAUACUUCUAAUACCGUAAUGUGUGGUGGGGUUAAUGUGAUGCAAUUUUCUGUCUA